CUCCAGCUCCUCUCGUACACCACGUCCCUCUCUGGGCUGUGGUGGCUCCCAAGCACACGGCCCGCACGAGCAGUUGGAACAGAUUCCUCGACCGCGUCGCCCCGGAACCCAGUUCUUGGCAUCCGGUGCCUAGCUUCGUCGCCCCUCCGGCAAGGACCACCUCCAGCCCUCCACCUCGCGAGGUUGCACUUGCUGCUAGUGAGCUAGUAUAUUUCUGAAACCGGAAACCCGCGACACGGGACCGAGUUCUUGGGAGCGGAUUCGGCUCGCUGCAGCAGGCUGAGGCUACCGGCCCGCUCUUCUCCACGGCGGCGGAGAGCCAGCCAGUAGUUGCGACUGGAGGCGGGCAUGGGCGCGGGCGCGUCGGGCCUGGCGGGCGCGGAGCCCGGCGGCAAGGUGGCGCGCGGCGCCGGGCUGGGCGACCUCCCGGAGCUGUGCACCGCGGAGGUGCUGCUCCGCCUCGGCGCGCCGGACAUAUGCCGGCUCGCGCGGCUCAACCUAGCGUUCCGCGGCGCCGCGGGCGCGGACUUCGUGUGGGAGGCCAAGCUGCCGGGGAACUACGCCCGGCUCCUGCGCUUCGUGGACGAGGCCGAGGAGGAGGGAGGGAGUGGGCGGGAUUGGAGCGCGGUGGGGAGGAAGGACGUCUUUGCGAGGCUCGCCAGACCUGUGCCGUUCGACGGUGGCAAAAGGGAAUUCUGGCUGGAGAAGAACGAAGGUGGGAUCUGCAUGGCCUUGUCGUCGAAAGCGCUGGUCAUUACUGGGAUUGACGAUAGAAGAUACUGGAUUAACAUGCCAACAUCUGAAUCUAGGUUCCACUCCACUGCAUACCUGCAGCAAAUCUGGUGGUUCGAGGUGGUGGGAGAGGUGGACUUCUGCUUCCCGGCGGGGACGGCCUACAGCCUCUACUUCAGGCUCCACCUCGGCAAGUCCUCCACGCGCUUCGGCCGCCGGGUCUGCAGCUCGGAGCAGGUCCACGGCUGGGACAAGAAGCCCGUGCGGUUCCAGCUCUCCACGUCGGACGGCCAGCACGCCGUGUCCCAGUGCUACCUGGACGAGCCUGGACGCUGGAUCCUGUACCACGUCGGCGAUUUCGACGCGCCGCCGAGCUCUGGUCAGCCGACCAGGCUCAAGUUUUCGUUAGCGCAGAUCGACUGCACCCACACGAAAGGUGGCCUCUGUGUCGAUUCGGUGCUCGUGUAUCCCAAGGGGUUUCAGCCGGAACGGGUGGUCAGGGCUCGGAAAUGACCGUGUGUGGGCAUUUGGUAGCUAUAGAGGCACUGCGCAUUAGAGCGAGCUGUCGAGAGAUAUGAGUAGCCUGCCAUUUUUUUUUAGCUUGGGCUAAUUGUAUUCUGAAAGCGUUUAUACAUAGCAUAGUAGCACACUGGACUUUUUUUU